UCCAGGCGGUUGGCGCCAUCGUUGCCUUCUUCAAGCUGAUCCGGGAUCCCGACGACAACUUCAGUAGCCACAACUACAACGCCAAUCGCUUCUCCAACGAGCGGUACACACGAUUCGAUCAGACUCCACCCAAGGCCUUCCUGACCAAGAACAGCCGCGAUGGAACCGGCAGUCGCGACGGAACUGGCAGCCGAGACGGAGGAACCGCUGGUCGCGGAGGCAAGGCCGCCGAGGACUAUGAGAUGACCGAAAAGCUGCCUCGGCCCUCCACCGGAACCAUGAACCUGCUCGAGGGACGUCACCCCGACGCACCCAAAUCCAAUCCCAAGCAGACCAACCGAGGACCACCGCCGUCCAUGUACAACUCGGAGCGAGGAGCGCCAUCCACGUACUAUCCCGAGAGAGGGGCGCCGUCCAUGUACAACUCGGAUCGCCGGACCAUGAAGCCUGCCCGCCAAUUCUCAGAUGACGACGGCACACCAAAAUCCAUGUACGCCAGGCCGGGCGGCAAGCAGUCGCCCAAGCAAUCCCCCAAGCAGUCGCCCAAAAGCACCACAAAGUCGGUGCCCACCAGCGGCGGUGGCAAUGGAAAGCGACGCCGCACCGUCAAACGCUAUGUCCCUGUCUUGGAUGACGAGCUUUAUCUGGAUGUCGACGAUAUUGUAGAGAUCGAUGAGGAGUACGAAGACGGCUGGGCUGUGGGAACAAACGUCACCACGGGCGAAUACGGUGCCUUCCCCCUGAUAUCCGUCACGUCCGAGAAGGGACCGCUCAAGAAACGAGCCCAAAGUCUGUACGGUGGUGGCCGCUAGUCGUUGCCGCCUCCCAAGCGCCUUCCGUCCCAUUCCCCCCGCCUUUCCUUUUUUUGUUUGCUUCUUGUCGUCUUUUUGUCCCUUCGUCUUUUCUCUUUCGUUUCUUGCACUUGGCAUGUCGCUCUUGUUCGGUCGCACCCCUACCGUUCCAAGGUGUCUCGUUCUUCCGAUUAUCCCCCAUUGUUCUCUUUCUUCUCCCAGCGCUGCAUAUCCAGUGGCCUCGCGCUGCUCGACCCCUCUCUUUCCCUGUCAAAUACUCUCAUUGAUCUCGACCUGCUUGCACAUCCUGCUUGCACAUCCUGCUU